AUGGCUGCGGCGGCCCCCCGGACCCCCCGGACCCCCCGCUCCUCCCGGGCCCGCUCCCGCCCCUGGGCCGGCCGGGGGUCCCUGGGCCUGGGCCUGGGCCUGCUCCUGCUCCUGGGGUCCCCCCGGGCCGGCCUCGGCCUGCACACCAAGGGCGCCCUGCCGCUCGACACCGUCACUUUCUACAAGGUCAUCCCCAAGAGCAAGUUUGUCUUAGUAAAAUUUGACACCCAGUACCCCUACGGGGAGAAGCAGGAUGAGUUCAAGCGCCUGGCAGAGAGCUCAGGCUCGAGCGAGGACCUCCUGGUUGCUGAGGUGGGAAUCUCAGAUUACGGUGACAAGCUGAACAUGGAGCUGGGGGAGAAGUACAAGCUGAAUAAGGAGAGCUAUCCGGUCUUCUACCUCUUCCGCGACGGGGACUACGAGAAUCCGGUGCUGUACCCCGGGGAGGUGAAGGCCGGAGCCAUCCAGCGCUGGCUGAAGGGGCAUGGGGUGUACCUGGGCAUGGCGGGCUGCUUGCCCUUGUACGACGCCCUGGCUGGGGAGUUCGUGGGCGCGGAAGGGGAGGAGGAGCGGCGGGCUGUGCUGAGACGGGGACGGGACGGCCUCUCGGGGGUCAAGGAAACGGAGAGGAAGUGGGCCGAGCAGUACCUGAAGAUCAUGGGGAAGGUCCUGGAGCAGGGCGAGGACUUCCCUGCCGCCGAGACCGCCCGCAUCACCAAGCUGAUCGAGAAGAACAAGAUGAGCGACGGGAAGAAGGAGGAACUCCAGAAGAGCCUGAACAUCCUCACGGCCUUCCAGAAGAAAGGGGCGGGGCGGGAGGAGCUGUGAGGGGGCAGGGGGUGCCCCCUGCGCCUGGUAGGAGAGCCCUAUAUUGGCUGAACCCCUCGUGGCGGGGUGGUAGCUAUUGUCAGAAAGCCGUGCACCAGGGAUAGCCCGAAAUAUCGGUCGAGCUUCGACCUCCCACUUCGGGGUGGGGGCGGGAGGGGGGUUUGGGGAGAGCCAGAGUUCCCCUGGUAAAUUGCACCCAAAGAGGAAUCGGUGCUAUAAAGAAAGGGAGUUCCCCAUCCAGAUCCCUGACAGUGUAAUUCCCUUAAAGAAAAUCAAUUAAAGUGUCAGUACCUGGUAUUGUGGACCCCGAGCUGUUUUGGUUUUUUCCUUAGGCCAGUGGCAUCCUGUCUUCCCUCCCCGGCCUCUACUAGCCCCCCUUGCAGCAAACACCCCCACCAUUGGACUCCCCCCCCCAUUGCCUCAGUUUCCCCACGCCCACCCGCACUCCAUUGCGGGGUAGGAUUUGGCCACAUCCUGCCUUGGGGCCUGCUCCCAAGGAGCAGGGGGAAGUGGGCAGUAGGAAUAUGCCCAUUUCUUACCCAGCCCAAGAUAGUCUUUUCCCUCAUUUCCCCCAGCUUCCCACCCCAGCCUUAGUUCCCCAGCAUCCUCUGGGGUUCAGCAUUGGAACCAGAUAAUUCUUCCUCCCUCCUAACCAACUUCCAGGGCACCAUGUAAGCCUUUUUUGGUCACAGAAACUGUCCCGUUGGGCUGGGCACAAUCACUGGUUCUACAAUUUACGUAAUUCUUUGUAAUGAUGAUUCCACUGGAGAGACCAAAGUCUUUGUAGCAGAAUACGUCAGGCAUACGCUAGCAGAAUAGGUGUUGGGCAAUGGGGAUUGCCCUUGAACUUCUGGAUUGAUGAAUGUCGGUGAGCCAUAAUGUACUGAUUUUCAAAAACCCAUUGACAGAUACAGUGUAUUGUCUCAUGACCUGUGCCAAUGAAUUUCAAUGAUUUUUUAAAUAUCUACAGUACAAAAAACUGGUUGGUUCCUUUUGAGUCUAGCGUGAAGGUUAAUAAAAAAAUUCAAGUUGA